UUAAACAGCUGAUCAAUUCAACAAAAUUUCAUACGGCUUUUUGAGCUUUUUAUGGGAAAUAUAGCAGAAAAACGAAAUAAAUUCAUUAAAAUAAAUAUAUUUCAUAAAAGUGCAAGUGUUUUAACAUCAAGCCACUAAAAUGGCUGAACGUUUUAAGGACUUACCACGUUUCAGUGGAUCUUUAAGAGCCAAUACCGAUUUGGAGGCCAAAUUACCAGUGAUAAAUGACAAAGAAGAAUUGGAUGAAUUGAGACAGGAGAGAAAUACUUUUCUCAAAAUAAAAACAGAAGAACAACAGACCAUCCAUGAAGUGCUGCAGCAUAUGCCGGCCGAUAGAAGAGACCAGAUAAAAAUACAUUUUCAGAAAUUACGAAAUCUGGUACAAGAAUGCAUGGGUUACGAUGAACAGCCACAGGUGGUUGAACAUGCCGCCCUCUUUCUUUUCUGGCUGAUGUUGGAACAAAAAGUUAUAAUGGUGGCCACCACCAUGCGUGUACGUUCCAUAUUUGGCACUAUAUUUGGUAAUAAAUUAGCUAUAAUCCAUCAGACAGUAUGGUCCAUAAGAGAAUUAAUGGAAGACUAUGAAGUGGAGGAUUUAAAAGAAUGGAACAAAGGAAUGGGCAAGAAAUCGAAAAAUCAAAAACUUUGGGGAGAUCAUAUAAAAGUUAAAUUUAAGCAAGUUUCGGAGGAAGAAAUAGGUAAUCUUUUAGAUUUGGCUCCUACUACCAUUAGUAAAAAUGCCACUUCUUUGGGUUUUUCCAUGCAAUGGAACCAAGAAGCUGCCACCUCUAGCAAUAAAACGAAAUAUCACAAAGUGGUGGAUACAUUUAUAGAAAUGUCACAAAAAGAUGAACAUGCCCAUUUGAUAAACAGCCUAACAGAAUUGUUGAAUUCCAAAAAGUCCAAUAACGAAUUACAAAAUGAUCUUAUAGAGUUAUUGGGUUUUGAACAUUUCGAUUUAGUGCAGGAAGUUUUAAAUGAACGCACAAAAAUUGGCAACCAAUUGCAAGAAUUAGAACAAAAAGAAAAACGCUCUAAACGCAGCAAACAAUUGCAACAGAAACAAAUGAAAAAUGGCGCAGCAGGCGCAACAGAACACAGACCAACUGUGGCGCAUCAAGUGCUGGUGCAAUCAGCCCUGGAGAAGGAGCUAACUAAACAACAGCGUAAAGAGGAAAAAAUGCAGCGUUUAAUGCAGUCGAUAGGACGCAAUGAAAAAGACGAAGAUGAGGUGGCCCAAGUAAUAAAUCCCAUGCAAUUGCGCUUGCAACAACAGCGUAAGCUACUCGAACAUGCCCAACAUCAGCCUAUUCUAAAAUGCAACCAACAAUUAAAAGAGUUCCGUUCUACACUUGCUGCUCCGCAACGUUAUCCUUAUGUUUUCGAUAGUCAAUUGGAAGCUAAACAACAUGCUGGUUUUAUAGGCGGUAAUCGUAUAUCUCUGCCGGAAACAGCAGAACGUAUAGAUUGCAAACAAUAUGAGGAGGUGAAAAUUCCUGCCACUGAACCACCACCUUUAUCGGUGGGUAAUAAUCGCAUUAACAUAGCCGAUUUAGAUGAUAUAGGCAAAAUAGCUUUUGCAAAUUGUAAACAACUUAAUCGUAUACAAUCUGUGGUCUAUCCGGUGGCCUAUCAUAGCAAUGAAAAGUUGGUGUGUGCACCUACCGGUGCGGGUAAAACUAAUGUGGCCAUGUUGACUAUUGUACAUACCAUACGUUCACAUUUAGAGAAUGGCCUGAUAAAUCGUGAUCAAUUUAAAAUUGUCUAUAUUGCUCCCAUGAAAGCCUUAGCCUCUGAAAUGGUGGAUAACUUUUCGAAACGUUUGAAGGAGUUAAAUAUUGUGGUUAAAGAACUGACUGGUGAUAUGCAGUUGUCAAAGGCGGAAAUGACACAGACACAGAUAUUGGUAACUACUCCAGAGAAAUGGGAUGUGGUGACAAGAAAGGGUGCUGGUGAUGUGGCCUUAAUAAGUUUAGUGAAACUACUCAUUAUCGAUGAAGUACAUUUAUUGCAUGGUGAACGUGGUCCCGUUGUAGAGGCACUAGUAGCUCGUACUCUGCGUCUGGUAGAAUCUUCUCAAAGUAUGAUUCGUAUUGUUGGUCUCUCUGCUACACUGCCCAAUUACAUAGAUGUUUCGAAUUUCCUAAGAGUCAAUCCUAUGAAAGGUCUUUUCUACUUUGAUGCCCGCUUUAGACCAGUACCACUUGACACGGUUUUUAUAGGAGUAAAAUCUGUAAAACCUUUACAACAAUUAGCCGAUAUGGAUCAAGUUUGUUAUCAGAAAUGUGUAGAGCAAGUACAGUUGGGUCAUCAGGUCAUGGUGUUUGUACAUGCUCGUAAUGCUACCGUACGUACGGCCAGUACUUUAAGAGAAUUGGCUCAACAGAACAAUACCAGUGCUCUCUUUUUACCCGAUACCAAUAAUAGUAAUUAUGGUUUGGCCUUAAGGGCCAUACAAAAAUCGAGAAACAAACAAUUGGUGGAAUUGUUUUCGGCUGGUUUUGCUAUGCAUCAUGCGGGUAUGUUGAGAACCGAUAGGCAGCUGGUGGAGAAAUACUUUUCCGAGGGUCAUGUUAAAGUUUUAGUUACCGCCACCUUGGCUUGGGGUGUCAAUUUGCCUGCUCAUGCUGUUAUCAUAAAGGGUACUGAUAUUUAUGAUUCCAAACAUGGUUCAUUUGUUGAUUUGGGCAUAUUGGAUGUUUUACAAAUUUUCGGUCGUGCUGGUCGUCCUCAAUUCGACAAAAGUGGGGUGGGUACUAUUAUAACCACCUACGAUAAACUGAAUCACUAUCUCUCCCUACUCACCAAUCAAUUUCCUAUUGAAUCUAAUUUUGUACAAUUUUUGGCGGAUAAUCUUAAUGCUGAAAUUGCUUUGGGCACCAUUUCCAAUGUUGAAGAGGCAGUCGAAUGGCUUAGUUAUACUUAUCUAUUUGUACGCAUGCGCAUAAAUCCUCAUGUUUAUGGCAUAGAAUAUGCCGAGGUAUUGCAAGAUCCUCAAUUGGAGGCGAAAAGACAAGCUUUAAUAGUGGGUGCUGCCAUGAGUCUGGACAAGGCUCGUAUGAUACGUUUCAAUCAGAGAACUUUGGAUUUCAAUGUUACCGAUUUGGGUAGAACUGCUUCUCAUUUCUAUAUAAAAUACGAUACUGUGGAAAUAUUCAAUGAUUUACUUAAGCCUUUUAUGAAUGAAUCGGAAAUCUUUGCCAUGAUUUCACAGGCACAAGAAUUCCAACAGCUAAAAGUACGGGAUGAUGAACUGGAGGAAUUGGAUGAAUUGCGUCACAAUUAUUGUAAAGUUAAAGCUUUUGGCGGAGCUGAGAAUGUUUGCGGUAAAGUUAAUAUUUUAAUGCAAACUUUCCUCUCCCAUGGCUAUGUCAAAUCCUUCUCUCUGGUCUCCGACAUGUCUUAUAUUGUACAAAAUAUAGCCCGUAUAGCCAGAGCCUUAUUUUCCAUAGUACUACGCAAUAAUAAUGCUAUACUAUCGGGUCGUAUGUUGCAAAUUUGUAAAAUGUUUGAACGUCAACAGUGGGACUUUGAAACUCCUAUGCGACAAUUUGGUAAUAUUAAUGCUGAAACUAUAGAUAAACUUGAAAGUAGAGGCAUUAGUUUAUAUACACUAAGAGAAAUGGAACAAAAUGAAUUAAAAGAAAUUUUACGAAAUGCUCGUUACGCUGAGAAUGUAUUGAGAGCAGCUAAAGAAUUGCCCAUGUUGGAAAUUGAGGCCACUUUACAACCCAUUACACGUACAGUGUUGAGAAUUAAAAUAGAUAUAUGGCCAAAUUUCAAUUGGAAUGAUCGUGUGCAUGGUAAAGUGAGUGAAAGUUUUUGGCUGUGGAUUGAGGAUCCCGAAACUAAUUUUAUUUAUCAUUCAGAAUUGUUUCAGGCUACACGCAAAUUUGUGUUUAGUGGUAAACCGCAACAACUUGUGAUGACCAUACCGCUUAAGGAACCUUUACCACCCCAAUACUAUAUACGUGUAGCUAGUGAUAUAUGGCUGGGUAGCAAUAACUGGAUACCACUUACCUUUAAACAUCUUGUAUUGCCCGAACAUCAUCCACCACUAACGGAACUAUUACCUUUACAUCCUAUACCCGUUACUUGUCUAAAAAAUCCUCUCUACGAAUCACUAUACCCUUUCUCUCAUUUCAAUCCCACAACACAAAUCUUCCAUUGUCUCUAUCAUACCGACAACAAUGUUCUGCUGGGUGCUCCAACCGGUUCGGGUAAAACUAUUGUGGCGGAAAUUGCCAUAUUUAGAGCAUUCAAUAAAACCCCUAAAGCCAAAGUGGUAUAU